AGACAAGUCUCAGUGAAAUAUUGUCUUUGCUGCCUGGAUGUUUAGCUCUUAGCAUGUCACAAUAGCUAUCAGACUACAACAGUAUUCAGUCAGAGUCUUCUUUGGUGCCGUUGGGAGACUGACUGCUAUCAGAGGUCCUUCCUGCCCACAGCAUCACCAUUCACAGCGGCUCUUUGAAGGCUGAGCUGUGAUGGAGGGGCCCACAGAGGACAGCCUGUGUGACAAAUGGAGAAACGGCUGCAGAUUGGACAGAGACAGGCUGAAGGACAUUUUCUCAUGCCGGCUGCUGAAGACCAUCGCCAUGGGGCAGGUCCUGUCGCUGCUGAUCUGUGGGACGGCGGGCAGCUGUCAGUACCUGGCCGAUGCCGGGGUGGAGACGCCCAUGCUGCAGAGCUUCCUGAACUACGCCCUGCUGCUGCUCACCUACACCCCCACCCUCUGCAUCCACAGAGGUGACGCCAACAUCCUGAAGAUCCUCAGAACCAAGUGGUGGAAGUAUCUGGUGAUGGGUCUGGCCGACGUGGAGGCAAACUACACGGUGGUGAAGGCGUACCAGUUCACCACCCUGACCAGCAUUCAGCUGCUGGACUGCUUCGUGAUCCCGGUGCUGAUGGUUCUCUCGUGGAUCUUCCUGAAGACGCGCUACAGGCCGCUGCACUUCGUAGCCGUGGUGGUGUGCCUGUUGGGGGUGGGGGCCAUGGUGGGGGCAGACAUCGUAGCCGGGAGGAACCAGGGAUCCAGAAGUGAUGUGGUUCUGGGUGACGGCUUGGUUCUGCUCAGCUCCGUCCUCUAUGCUGUGUCCAACCUGUGCCAGGAGCACACGGUGAAGAAUCUGAGCCGGGUCGAGUUCCUGGGAAUGAUGGGACUGUUUGGGACUCUGAUCAGCGGCGCACAGCUGGCUGCACUAGAAAUCAAUGCUGUUAAAGCGAUAAAAUGGGAUCUUUACGUCUUCAUGCUGUUUGCGGUCUACGCCCUGUGCAUGUACGCGCUGUAUAGCUUCAUGCCGGUGGUGGUGAGGCUGACCAGCGCCACGGCCGUCAACCUGUCGCUGCUCACCGCCGACCUGUUCAGCCUCUUCUGCGGCCUUUUCCUGUUCAGCUACCAGUUUUCUGUGCUGUACAUCGUCUCGUUCUUCAUCAUCACCGUGGGUUUCAUCAUGUUCAACGCCGUGCCAACUCUCUCCGCCGUACCGGACGGCGCCGGCCAGCAGGCGCCUGACGCCGCCGUGGAUCCAGCCGCCGACCGGCUGCUGGCUGCAGGCGGAGACGCUCAGAGAACCGGAUCGGUCGUGAUGUUCACGCCUCUCUGAUGGAACCAGGUUCUGUAACCGAGGCCAGUUACUGUUACGAGUUAAGUUUUCUGUUCCAAAGCCAGUUUACAGUCCAGGUCACGGACCUUUGUAGGUUUUCCUCUUUCUGAAUCGCUGAAUUAUGUGGCUGUUCCUGUUACAGAAUAUUCCUGAGAAGUUUAGCAGGUCGGACCAUCAUUAUGACCCGAUUCUGUCGCUCUCUACUCCUCGUUGCACCAGCAUGUGGCCCAGUCUUCCCUUCCUGCCUCCAGUGGACAAACCAGUUCAGAACCAGUGAGCUGAAGCUCUUACACAUUCAUUAAUCUUUAUUUUUGUAGUUCCAUAUUUGACUGAGUCUCAGUCUGCUGGUUCUGAUCUCCAUGGAUAAAAAUAAAAACCAGAUUCUGACCAUUAAUCAAACAAAAUAAAAUAAUUAUGUAUUUUAAGAACUUCUUUAACUAUUCCUCUUGACCUAACGGGUGCAGAAAGGUAAAAGUUUAUAUUUCUCUGGACUAUUUUUACAUAAUCACAUUUCUUACAGUAGACCGGAGCUCCGGUGGCGUAGAGGUUAGCGCGCCCCACGUUUGAAGGCCCUCAGUCCUCGACGCGGCCGUCGCGGGUUCGAUUCCCGGACCCGACGACAUUUGCCGCAUGUCUUCCCUCCUUUUCUUCCCCCUUUCCUGUCAGCCUACUGUUGAGUAAGGGACACUAGAGCCCACAAAAGACCCCCUGGUGGGGAAAAAAAAAAAAAAUGGGUGAAAACCCAUUUCAGGUUGUUAGUAAACAUCCUGAAGGACUCAGAUACUUUUACCUCUAGAAAGUGAAACAAAACCACAAAUAUAUGAAAUGGAAAAACUAUCUGAAAACGUCCUAAAUAUUAAGUUAAUUUAAUACUGAUAAACUGAUAUGAUCGGACUGAUCUCAGUGACUGAUGGACGGUAACCAAUACUUAAUAAUAUUAUAUUAACCUUCAUUUUAGUUUAGAGAUGCAGCUAUAUCCAGAUUUGUGCCAAUAUGAAUAUCUGAUAUUAAAACAACUGUUUUAUUGCCAAUGACUGAUAUCUGAUAUAUUUAUUGUCUCUUUUGACCUCAUGAAUAAACAGCCAUCCUGCUUCAGUUUAACAUCCCAGAAUCCUUUGCUGCGUCACGAUGAGUCACGUGACCAAGCCCCGCUCCUUCCUGUGACACACUCACUAAAUAAAUACUAAAAAUACAUUUGGGCUGUUUGUCGGCCCAGUUUCACUCCUCCAACCGAUAUGAUGCGUUACAAAAUGGCCGAUCAGCCGAUACUGAUGAUGUUGACAUUGAUAUUUUGGACGUUCCUAUUCUUUACAUAUAUAUAUAUAUAUAUAUAUGAUACUGAUAUUUUACUAAAUGGUGAUAUUGUCCAAAGCUGAUAUAUGGUGCAUCCCUAGAGCUUUCCAGUUGGACUUCAGCCAGUCUGUAUAUUAUUUAUAACUCUGAGCAGCACUUUACACGAAGAAACACGUGAAUGUUUACCUUCUACAGCUUUUUAUCGUUUUUAUUUUGCGAAUCAGAGCUGAAACUUUUCCCACCAAGUGUCCUUUUGUUUCAUCUGUGCAUCCAUAGAUUGAAGCUUCGCCACCUGCGGAGGUUAUUAAAUUAAUUUACAGUAAAUAUCUGGGACUGGAUGUAAAAGAGUCUGUCAUCUAAAUACCAAAUUAUUUGCCUUUUGUUGUUGUUACAAGUUCUGUCAUGUUUUGUUAUUAAUUGACCAAAGAUAAAGAUGCUGUAAAUGAGUUUUUUGCCAUUAGAGGUACAUGUUAUCAUGCUGUCACAGUUUACUGUUUUAUUAAUAAAUUGAUUUAUUUUA